UUCCAAAGUUGUUGUGAACUCGUAUGACCAGAAAGAAAGAAAAAGAACCACUUGGUGUACUCGAGUUCAAAUCCACCGAACAGCCAAAGCACAUACAGUACAAUUUUACACAGCUAACAAGAGUCUAGAGAGAGAAAGACGUGUAUUGCAGUAUUUGGUCUUUCUCUCUCUUCCAGUCUCCAGAAAUGGAUAGUUUACAGUCUCACAAGGCGGAGAUGAUAAGCAUCGCCGUCGCACUCUUGGCCGUUGGCGCCGGUACCGCCUAUUAUUUCUAUCUCACCUCCAAGAAACCUAAAGGUUGCUUGGACCCUGAAAACUUCAAGGAGUUUAAACUUGUUAAGCGCACGGAACUCAGCCAUAAUGUGGCUAGUUUUAAAUUUGCUCUUCCCUUACCAACUUCAGUUUUGGGACUACCAAUUGGACAACAUAUGAGUUGCAGAGGAAAAGACAGUCUUGGUGAAGAUGUUGUCAAGCCAUAUACUCCCACAACUUUGGACUCUGAUGUUGGAUACUUUGAACUAGUUAUAAAGAUGUAUCCAAAAGGAAGGAUGUCCCACCACUUCCGAGAGAUGCGUGAAGGCGAUUACUUGGCUGUGAAGGGGCCCAAGGGGCGUUUCAAGUAUCAACCCAACCAAGUUAGAGCUUUUGGGAUGCUCGCUGGUGGUACUGGAAUAACGCCGAUGUUCCAAGUUGCUAGGGCCAUACUAGAAAAUCCCAGUGACAAGACCAACAUUCAUCUUAUUUAUGCCAAUGUCACAUAUGGCGACAUACUUUUGAAGGAAGAGUUGGAUAACCUGGCACACAACUUUCCUAACCGCUUCAGCGUCUAUUAUGUUCUGAAUGAGAGCAUGUUGAUAACAAAUGGUUGUUGUCAGCCUCCUGAAGGAUGGGAUGGCGGUGUAGGGUUUGUAUCCAAGGAAAUGAUUCAACACCAUUGCCCCCCACCAGCAUCAGAUGUUCAGAUUUUAAGAUGUGGCCCCCCACCAAUGAACAAGGCGAUGGCUGCUCACCUAAAUGCUCUUGGAUACACUUCCGAGAUGCAGUUCCAGUUUUAGGCCUGUAUCCUUUCACUAUCACACAUUUGGUCUUAACUUCUGAAAGGAGUAGAGAAAACAUUGAAAAUUUUUAUGCUUCAAUAUAGAUUGAAGAAGAAGCGAUUACAGUGGCCAGUUUAAUUCAGCUUGAUUUCUGCAAUUCUAGAAAAAAAAAUGCAAGAGGCGUUUCAUGUUUCUACAGUUAUAGUGGAGGACAAAUGAAUAAGCUAAUAUAAAAACUGCAGAUUAUGACACUGUUA